AUCAAUUUCAUGCGUCUCACUCUCAUCCGUGUUGCGAGAGGAAAAAAACUUUACAGAAAAAAUCGCAAGAAUGGCAUCAAAUAUCCUUAAAUUAACAUCGACAUUGCGUCUUGCGAAUCGCGGAGCUGGUUUGAUCAAGCGAACUGCAUCCUCGCACGCUUCUGACUACAAACAUGCCCUUUUGAAUGUCCCCGCAACGCAAGUUACGACUUUGGACAAUGGAUUGCGUGUCGCAAGCGAAGAUUCCGGAGCUGCAACUGCCACUGUUGGUUUGUGGAUCGAUGCUGGAUCGCGUUAUGAGACCGCUGCGAAUAACGGAGUUGCUCACUUUUUGGAGCACAUGGCUUUCAAGGGAACCGCAAAACGCAGUCAAACCGACUUGGAAUUGGAAGUUGAGAAUUUGGGAGCUCAUUUGAAUGCGUACACGUCGCGGGAGCAAACUGUCUUUUACGCCAAAUGUUUGUCCAAAGAUGUCCCCAAGGCAGUCGAAAUCCUCGCCGACAUCGUUCAAAACAGCAAAUUGGGCGAAGCUGAGAUCGAACGCGAACGUGGCGUGAUUUUGCGCGAAAUGCAAGAAGUUGAGAGCAAUUUGCAAGAAGUUGUCUUCGAUCAUUUGCAUGCGACAGCGUAUCAAGGCACCCCGCUUGGCAACACAAUUCUCGGCCCAACCAAGAACAUCAAGUCGAUCGGCAAAAAGGACUUGAAGGACUACAUUGAGCAACAUUACAAGAGUCCUCGGAUCGUUUUGGCGGGCGCUGGGGGCGUUUCGCACUCCGAACUCGUCAAAUUGGCGGAAAAAGAGUUGAAAGGCGUCACAAACACCUUCGACGGAAAAUCGCCGCAACUCGAGCCAUGCCGUUUCACCGGUUCGGAAGUUCGUGUACGUGACGAUAGCAUCCCCUUGGCUCAUGUUGCCAUCGCUGUCGAAGGAUGCGGAUGGGCUGAUGCCGAUAAUGUCCCCUUGAUGGUCGCCAAUACUUUGAUUGGAACGUGGGAUCGUUCGCAAGGCGGCGGCGUCAAUAAUGCGAGCAACUUGGCGCGUCAUUGUGCCGAAGAUCAAAUGUGUCACAGCUUCCAGUCGUUCAACACCUGCUACAAAGACACCGGAUUGUGGGGAAUUUAUUUCGUUUGUGACCCAAUGUCGAUCGACGACAUGAUGUUCAAUUUGCAAGGCGAAUGGAUGCGUUUGUGCACGCAAGUUACGGAGGCGGAAGUUAAUCGCGCAAAGAAUUUGUUGAAGACAAACAUGUUGCUGCAAUUGGAUGGAACAACGCCCAUUUGCGAGGAUAUUGGACGGCAACUUUUGUGCUACAAUCGUCGCAUUCCAUUGCACGAAUUGGAAAAGAGAAUCGAUGCUGUUGACGCUGCAAACAUCCGCGAUGUCUGCAUGAAGUACAUUUACGAUCGUUGCCCCGCAGUUGCUGCUGUAGGACCUAUUGAAAAUCUCCCCGACUACAACCGUGUCCGAAGCGGCAUGUACUGGGUUAGAUUGUAAACGACAGACAGAUCGAGUGUGAACGAAAACUAAAACUUACAAACAAAAAUUAGAAAAAUUUUAAUUUCAUUUUCGAUGCAAAACUUACCUACCAAUUACUAAAUAAAAAAAAAACAGAACAUGAGAGAUGUAAAAAAGUAAAAAACUUCAAAUAAAUUAUGAUGAGCGACAAAUAAACGACAAA